AUGACGUUAUCCUUUAGACAUGUGAACUACUUUGGAUACGGCAUCUACAAUGACAUCAAAACAAGGCUACCCUACUACGAGUCCGACUUCAAAGACGCGUGGAACUACCGGGUGAUACCGUCCACUUUGUUCAUCUUUUUUGCCAACUUGCUACCGGCCAUUUCCUUUGCCCAGGAUAUGUUUGACAAGACUGAUAACGCGUAUGGAGUCAAUGAAGUUCUCUUGUCUACCGCGUUUGCCGGCGUCGUGUUUGGCUUGUUCUCGGGCCAGCCCUUGUGCAUUGUCGGCGUCACCGGCCCCAUCUCCAUCUUUAGCUAUACCGUGUACGAGUUGAUGACUCCUCGCGGCACCCCUUAUUUCCCCUUUAUGUGCUGGGUAUACCUAUGGUCGAUGGUGUUCCACAUCAUUAUAGCUGUGGGCAACUACAUCUCGUGGAUGCAGAUCAUCAGUCUAUACUCGUGCGACAUCUUUGGCUUUUUCAUCAACUUUGUCUAUAUCCAAAAGGGCAUCCAGAUCCUUUCGCACCAGUUCGAGGACGUCGACCUUGCUAGUGGCUACUGCUCGGUGAUGAUCUCGUUGUGUAUGAUUAUUUGCGGGGUAGGAUCGGCAAUCUUUGGCAAUUAUUUGCACUAUUUCAAACCGUGGGUGAGAAAAGUCUUUAUCGACUAUGGGGUCGUGGCAUCGGUCAUCUUCUUUACUGGGUUCAUUCAUUUUGGAGGCAAGUUGAGCCAGACCGAGUUGGCGAGGUUGCCCAUCACCCAGUCGUUCCAGCCAACGGAAAGCGGCGACAGAAGACCCCAUGGUUGGUUUAUCCAUUUUUGGCCAGGCGAAAAUAUCGAGGUGGGUGAUGUGUUUCUUGCAAUUCCGUUUGCCAUCUUGUUGACGUUUUUGUUUUACUUUGACCACAACGUUUCUUCGUUGAUGUGCCAGUCCAAGGAGUACCCGUUGAAGAAACCGGCAUCGUUCCACUGGGAUUUCUUGUUGUUGGGCUUAACCACGGGAUUCGCUGGCCUCAUGGGAAUCCCACCUCCAAACGGCUUGAUCCCUCAGGCGCCUCUUCAUACAGACUCGCUCGUGGUUUACGACAAAUCGGGCAAACGGCUUUCUGUCGUUGAGCAGCGCGUCACCAACACCCUCCAAGGGAUAAUGACGUUUGCCAUGAUGUCGCGGCCUUUUCUAGUUAUUCUCGGCCUAGUACCGCAGGCGGUGUUAUCUGGGCUUUUUUUCAUCAUGGCCAUUACCGGUCUCCAUCAAAACAUCGUCACCAACAGAAUACGGUACAUCUUUCUAGAUAAAGAAUACGUCGAGAAUGAUCCCUCGUGCCCGCAGGUGUGGAAGGAUAUUCACGCUUUACCGACCAAAAAAUGGUUUUACAUCUACACCGUUUUGGAAGUUGUAGGAGGCAUGGGUGAGUUUGUGAUUACACUAACCAUAGCAGCCGUGGGGUUCCCCGGGGUCUUGUUAUUUCUAGCCAUCUGUGCCAAAUGGGUUUGGCCAUUAAUUAUACCUAGAGAGGAAUUAGACAAGCUCGAUGGAGACGUGGCUGACGAAUUUAUUUUAAAGAAUUUCACUGUUGCCUCGGAUGAAAAGAAACGACGCAAAGAACGCAAGCAAGACGACGAAGAGAAGAAACUUUCGUGCAGCGGUGACGAAUCGGAAGCAAUCGAAACUACCACUGAAGCCAUGGUUGGCUGGAGAGAGUAG